AAUCCUUUCAAGUUGUGGUAAGAGGCAAUGGCUUUUAUCAUGCAAGAAAUAUUGACCAGGUACUCUGCAGCUUCAAGCUCAACGACAGCCUUACUAUCAAUGAAAAGCCAACCCUUGUUCAUGAUACUUACUUACUUUGUCCUGCCCCAGUGAUAGAAGAUGCUGGACAGGUCGUUUUCCUACAAGUCAGCAUGAACAACGGGCUAACGUUCAUCUCCAGCUCUGUCAGCAUCACCAGCACACAGUGUCUGACUGGAACCAUCCUUUUCAUUGCUCUCCUGGUUCUCUUUUUGCUGCUGGCUCUGGCUCUUCUGUGGUGGUUCUGGCCCCUUUGCUGCACAGUGGUGAUCAAGGAGCCACCACCACCACCACCUCCAGAGCCUGAGUCAGAUGAUGAAGAUGGAUUGCCAAAGAAAAAGUGGCCAACCGUGGACGCAUCUUAUUAUGGAGGUCGAGGUGUUGGUGGGAUUAAGAGGAUGGAGGUGCGAUGGGGAGACAAGGGGUCAACAGAGGAAGGAGCAAAAUUGGAGAAGCCCAAAAAUGCUAUUAUUAAGUUGCCAGAACAGGAGUAUGAGCCAUGGGAACCCAAGCCGAAAAAGCCCCAUGUGAGAAAACCACCUUCCCAGCGGAAAUGGUACACUCCGAUCAAGGGCAAACUUGAUGCAUUGUGGGCUUUGGUUCGACGAGGCUAUGAUCAAGUCUCUCUUAUGAGACCGCAGCCAGGGGACAAGGGAAGAUGCAUGAACUUCACUCGAGUGAAAUCGGAUGGAACCUCUGCCCCUUACAGCCCACCGCCGAAGCUGCCGCGGCGCGAUGAUGUUCCUCUCAACAAUGCUCCAAGGAGUCAUUCUCCUCCUGUGUCUCUGCAGCCUCCUUCCAGGCAGCCACCUCCUGGACCACCCCCAUCCCGAGUGCCUCCCGGACCUCCUCCGUCGCGCCCACCACCACAGCCCAUGGCUUAG